AUGAAAUUAAUUAUGUCAACAACAAGCCCAGGUAUGAAGAAACAAGAAGACGUUACCAGCAUCAUCCCAGGAACACUGAAAGGAGCCAUAAAGCAACAGCAAGCAAAGAAAACACUCACCAAUCACAGAAGUACCAAAGAGGAACGUAUGGACAGCAUAGCCAGUCAACUUCAGAGGCAAGACCCAGAUGUAAACAUUGUGGUAACAAACAUUCACAAACCUGCAGAAAACAUCCAAAUUCACACUCUAAACAUGUCUCAUAACUACGUGGAAAAUCACAAUGAUUUUGCGCAUUUGGAAAAGUUAAAAGUUUUGACCGUUCUCGAUUUAUCCAACAAUUAUGUUGAAGAUGCACUUAUAGUUGAAACUUUGGCAAAAAUGCCCGAACUGCGUGUAUUAAAUUUGAUGGGAAACCCCGUCAUCAGAAAAAUACCUGCCUAUAGAAAAACUAUGAUACUAGCCUGCAAAAAUCUUCACUACCUGGACGAUAGACCAGUUUUUCCCCGAGAUCGCGCAUGUGCCGAAGCCUGGAAACUCGGCGGCAUGGCCGAAGAAACAGCAGAACGGCAACGCUGGAUAAAUAGGGAACGCGCCAAAAUCAUGGCCAGCGUUGACGCCUUGAUUAAUCUACGGGAAAGAAGAAAUUCUGAGCGCACACCCGAUAGCGGUUUUGGUACCUCGUGCGCAGACUCUGGAAGCGAAUUUGAAGAAAACAGAAGAAUGUCGCUUAACACUGAAGAAGAUUCAAUAUCUGAAAUUGAAGAAAGGGCUGAGUCACCUACGUAUCACUAUGGAAGAGAUGGUGAUAAUAGUGAAGAUGAUGAAUCUUCUUCCAGUGAUUCUGAGUCUUCUUUGAAUAAAGAAAAUUUCAUGGAAGAUCGACAAACCACUGAAGAUAUCGAAGAAUAUAAAGAUAGGAUCUUCGAUUUCACACCCAAGGCUAAACAAGUCAACAAAAAGUGCAAGCUUAUUGAAGAAAUAAACGCCAAUGAAGCAACCACAUCAAAAAUAGAAGAAAUUGAACUCCAAACAAUCAAAGUUGAGAAAGUAACAACUAUAAAAGAAGACACAAAUACAAUUGAUAUACAUCAAAAACCAAGUAAAACUGAAGAAACCCAACCUCAACCAACUAUUUUUGAAGAUGAACUGGAUCUAGCAGAAAUUUCGUUCACAAAAUACUUAAAACGACUGCGAACAAAAGAAGCACAAGCUUCCUUUGACCAAGAACCAGAAGAAACUCGUUAUGAUCUUCUUGAUGAAAAUUCCCAAUACAUCGAAAACAAUCCUGAAUAUCAUGAGGAAAUACAGAAUAGUAGAGAGUUGAUACUAGCGGCCUCCAGAAACUUUCAAGGAAACGAAGAAAUUCAGAGGAAGAUACACGAAAUUAUGUCUCCAAUGAUGUUGCUUGAAGAAGUACCAGAUGUCAAGAAAAUGCUUAGAGAAGGUAUAACAAAUGUCCUAAUUGUUAAAAAAGAAAUUCAAAGUAAUCAAGAAAUAUGUCCAAAUGAAGAAAAUCAAACCAAGUCUGUAAAAGAUGAAAAUAAAAAAAAAGAAGAAAACAAAAAUUCAAUUUUUCAUAUCGAUAUAAAAGAAAUGCAAACCAGGAAAAUUGAAGAAAACAAUUUCAAAACUGAAGAAAUUCCAGAUGAAAAGAAAAUAGAAGAUAACUGUGAAAAUAAUAAAAAUAAUCAACAAAGAAAUGACAGUAUUAAAAAACUUUUCGAAAUUUGGAACGACAUUGAAGAUAAAAAUAUAGAAAACAUAAUGAAGCAGAAGAAGGAAACUUACAAAGGUGAAGAAAAUGAAAAUAUAGAGAAAAAAACUACAAUGGACAAAGAAAACUAUACAAAUAAAGAAACCAAAACGGAAAUAUAUGAAAAAACAUGUAAUGAAGAAAUUAUAGAAGAAAACAAUAUCGUACACGUCAUACACGUCAAAGAAGAAGAAACAACCAUCGAAGAUGUCAAACGGCAAAUUAUUGAAGACACUAAAAAAACUGAAGAUACAAUUUUGAAGAAAGAAGUUUUAACAAUCGAAGAUCAAAAGAAAAAUAUUUACAAAACUAUGGAAAUGAUACAAAAAUCGUUGGCCAAAUUGGACGAAAAAUCCAAAAUGAAGAAAGAUAAGUUGUUUGAAGAUUACAAUAAAAAAACAAAAAAAUACGAUGAAGAAAUCGAGGUUAUAAUUGGGAAAGAAGUGGAUUCGAGAAAAAGUGUUCAAUAUAAAAAAGAAGAUUUGCACAAAGAACACGUCGAGUUGAUAAAGAGAGUAAAGGAAAUUUUCGAAGAUAACGAAGAUAUCGAUAAAGAUUUCGCCAUAGAGGAAGAACGUUUGAUAAAACAAAUGAAAAAAAUCGACGCGUUAUACUUUCAAGAUCAAAAACAAAACCUGCAACAUACAAAGGAAGAAGUUAAUAGUGAGGAAAGCGAAGAAUACGAAGAAUACGAGGAAAUCGAAGAAAAUACUGUAAACAUUACAGAAACAGAAGACAAAAGUCAAAAUAUAACGGAAACAGACCUUAAUGAGAUUGUAGAUGGCAUUGACGAACUCUCUGACAUGCUUAAAAAAAAGAAAAGUAACGAAAACCUCGAAAACAAUUUAAAGAAAACAGCAGAACAACUCGACAUUGCACUUAAAGAAUCUGAAGAUUCGAAAAUUAUAAACGACGAGUUAAAACUCGUAAAAAGAACCACCGUAUUAUCGCUGGAAAUGCAAAUGGCUCAAAAUAACGAAUAA